AUGUUAUGGAAAGUUGGCUUAAAUAGGACCGCCAUGGUCAAGUUAUGCAGACCCACAGUGCAGAAUGUCGCUUCAGGACAAAUGAGAACCCUGUACGUUACAAAACGAUAUCUAUCGAUAACAAGACAGUUACAAUCUAAAGUACCAUACAUUAAUGAGACAAAAGGUGAGUCUGAUAUACUUGUCGAGCAAAGAAAGGCAAGACCCAUUUCACCUCAUUUGACCAUAUACCAGCCACAGAUUACAUGGUACCUUUCCUCCAUACAUAGGCUAUCCCUCGUAUUUAUUGGUUUCGCUUUCUAUCUGAUUACAAUGCUAUUCGGUGUAUCGUCCCUGAUGUCCACGUUUUCAUCGAGUUUCAAUGUAACAACUGACAAAUUAACAAACUGGUAUCACAACAGCAUUAGUAAAUGGACACAAUGGUCGAUUAAAGGAUUCUUUGCUUAUUUAUUUGCCUUCCAAUAUGGUGCUGCCGUAAGAUACCUCGUGUGGGACAUGACAAAAGAACUUACUUUGAAAGGUGUCUACAGAACGGGCUACGGUCUCAUAGCUUUCACGGCCCUCUUCGGCUCAUACUUAUUAACUCUAUAA